UGCGGGCCUUCCUCACGUGGGCGCUCCCGUGGCUCCGCCUCAGAGUGACAAGGUUUAAUUGACUUAUCCUGCAGGUGGAGGCUGAUUUCCUGCCCUGCCGACAGACGAGACAUUCACGCUGCUCCCGCACGGAUCUGCUGCUCUCAAACUGGGGCUGAGCUGAAGGCCCACACCAGGAGCGUUCUUCUAGAAGAGUCCAACAUCUGGCCAAGAAGGUUAUACGUCAGGUCGUCUUUGUCGUGGUGAGCACCAGCAGUCAUGGGCAACUCCAAAAGCAGCGCCGUGUCCAAGGAGAUCCUGGAGGACCUGAAGCUCAACACCAAGUUCUCCGAGCAGGAGAUUGCCCAGUGGUACGAGAACUUCAAGAGGCAGUGUCCCACCGGACGGAUCAGCAAGGAGGAGUUCCAGACCAUCUACACCAAGUUCUUCCCGGAGAGCGACGCCAACACGUACGCCCAGCACGUCUUCCGCUCCUUCGACACCAACGACGACGGCACGCUGGACUUCAAAGAGUACAUCAUCGCCCUGCACAUGACCUCCACCGGGAAGACCACCAGGAAGCUGGAGUGGGCCUUCUCGCUCUUUGACGUCGACAAGAACGGCUACAUCACCAAGUCGGAGGUCAAGGAGAUUUGCUCGGCUAUUUUCAAGCUAAUUCCCAAGGAUGAAUUGUCCAAACUGCCUUCUGAUGAGAACACCGCUGAGAAGAGGGCAGACAAACUGUGGAAGUUCUUUGACAAGGGAGAUACCGAGCGCGUGGCGGAGGGGGAGUUCAUCAAGGGGGUGUUGGAGAACGACGAGGCUCUUCGCCUGAUCCAGUACCAGCCCCCACAGUAGCCCCGCCCUAAGACACGCCCCCCUUCGCCCGUCUCGACCUGCGUCUGACCUCCGACGGCACCUUCAGCGCUUGUGAACAUUCAGUAGGCGUUGGGAUGUUCACGAAGAAUCCACUCCCGCCGCGUCCCUCGCUCGCGUUCGCGCGUCACGUCUCACCGCAGCGCGGCACGGCAACAAUCGUGCGUGUAGUUCCACUUCCUGUUUUUCUUUUGUCUCUAGCAAGGUUGCGUGCAUCAUCAAGUGUGUAGUCGUGUCUUCUCAGCCAAACGUUGUUAUUUGCUCACGUCCUGUGUUUUGUCAUUUUGCACAACCUGCCCCCCCCCCUCCCCGGUGACCCAUGACCCCUCCCCAUCCCCAUUUCGGUCCACUCAGUCAAUACCAUAUUGUCAAUAAAGGCUGUCUUAAAGGAA